CCCCCAAGGCUUGUAUAGCUGAAGCACGACUGAUGGAAAAGAGCUAUUCCCCUCCCCGUAGUGAUUUUCCACCUGAUCAAAGAUUAUUAGGCAGUUGAUCAAUGAAAUCAAAAGCUGGAGUUCUAAAUUCAAGUAAGAACCAAGCGCAACUCCCUUUAAGGAAAGGGGCACGUCAAUAUAUCUGCUAGGAGGGAAGAGCAAGAAACCUUGUUGAAGAAUGGGAAAGUCUGAGCCAGUCUAGCCGGCACAGCCAAGUUCCUGUUCCAGGCGUGGUCGGUGACAGGCGGCACCCGUGAUUUACAGUGCGGCUCCAGCAGAGAGGGCCAAAGCAGGAAUUUUGCCAAAGCCGCGCGUUUUAGCGAUCUCUGGAACAAAAUGCUGUCGCGCAGAAGGUUUUCCUUAAGCAAGCCCCAUCCGAUCCUGUUUAGGAUGCUGAUGUCAUCUGGCAGUGGCUCCCAGGUUAUUCAGAACAUGGAAGAAGGACAUUUCCCGAUUCAUGUGAAUAAUGUGCGAAGUAAAUUGAGAGAGCUAGUGGGAGCAUCCACCAAUUGGAGAGACCAUGUGCAAGCGAUGAAUGAAAGAAAAUCUUUACAUACACUCCUUGCUAAAACCCAAGCUGACCUGCCCCCUAGGAAAAUGAAAGACAGCUAUAUAGAUGUUAUCUUGCCUUUAGGAAGUCAGCCUGAAAUAAGAGAAAAAUAUCUCAAUAUGCAAAACACUGUCAGAUUUGGUCGAAUACUUGAAGACCUUGACAGCUUAGGAGUUCUUAUUUGUUAUACUCAUACAAAAAAUGAAGCCACUCUGAGAUCUCCUUUAUCAAUUGUUACAGCACUCGUGGAUAAAAUUGGUUUAUGGAAGCAGCAUAUUCAUCCGGAUUGUGAUAUCAAGUUCACUGGGAAUGUUUCCUGGGUUGGAAAAACUUCAAUGGAAGUGAAGAUACACAUGCUUCAGUUACUUGAUGCAAUCUAUUCCCCUGUGUUAGAUGCAACUUUUGUCAUGGUGGCCCGUGAUCCUGAAAAUAAAAGACCAGCAUUUGUCAAUCCAUUAAUUGCUGAAACCCCAGAGGAGGAAAAAAUCUUAAAGGAAGGAGAAAAGAACAAGAUCAGGCGGCUUGAAUCUAGUAGGGCUUCUUUACUGAAGGUUGCUCCUACUGCAGAUGAAAGAAAUAUUAUCCAUAAUAUGUUCCUGAAUACUCUGGAUUCAAGGACAGUAAGUUUUCGUAGUCGGGUAUUACUACCCAAUUCAGUAUGGAUGCAAGACACAAAAUUAAAGGGUUUGGAGAUCUGCCAUCCACAGGAACGUAACAUUUUCAACAGAAUCUUUGGAGGCUUUCUCAUGAGAAAAGCAUAUGAACUUGGAUGGGCUACUGCCUACAGCUAUGGAAACUCCAGACCUUAUGUGGUAGCUGUAGAUGAUAUUAUGUUUCAAAAACCUGUUGAAAUUGGAUCCUUACUAUUACUUUCUUCCCAGGUUUGUUAUACUGAAAAAAAUAAUAUCCAGGUUCGGGUGCAUAGUGAAGUUUAUGAUCCAGACACCAGGGUACACCACACAACCAAUGUCUUCCAUUUCACAUUUGUGAUAGAGAAGGAAAUACCAGAUGUUGUUCCCAAGACAUAUGGUGAAUCUAUGUUGUAUUUGGAUGGAAAAAGGCACUUUGAUUCAGUUAUGAAAGAAAACACAACAUAGGAUCAGCACAGAAUUAUAGCUUUGGAUGGCCUUGAAAACUUCAGAGUGGUUAUCAGAAAGAACAGAAAAGCAUUUUUACUCCAAAAGCAGUACAGAAAUAUUAUAAAGUUUUUAUAUUUCUAUCCUAGUAUUUUUGUUGCGAUUUAUACAAAUAUUUUAAUGUUCUCAUUGCAUAUAUUCUUCAUAUGUUUAAGCAUGAAACAAAUAUAGAAUAUUUUGCUGAGCGUCCAGUUAUGAUUGGGAUGGGCAAAAUAUUGUGUAAAUAAAUAAUCAGUAGAAAAAGAAAAAAAGUUACUUUUGAGUAGGACGUAUAGAAAAUAGUAUAGAAUAAUGCUCCUGAAUAUCUUUCAUACUUUUAAAAACUUGUAUGUUAUUUAAAUUCAUGCAACGUAUAGUGGGGACACUACAUUGGGCCAAUUAAGACAUUUCUCCCCUUUCCCUUUAGAUCCAUAAAAAAUCUCAUUGUGCUGAUUGGUAGUUGUUUUUAAAGUUUUUUUAAAUCACCGGUUUCCCCAAUAAUAAGACCCCCCCUAAAAAUAAGCUCUAGUUAAGACCCCACCCACUCUGUCCCACCAUCUGGUUGCUCACGGUCACAACGGGGCAGGAGGGCAUCUGGUACCGCCACGAGGUAAGGUGAGAUGAGGCAAGUGGCAGGGGGAGCUUCCACAUUCGCUCUGGUCUCAUGUACCUCAAGGCCCCCACAGCCAGGCCACUGGAACCUCCCUCUGCCCAUUGAAUGACCUGGCUGCCUGCCUCUUCUCUUUCACUCCCUUCCCGAGCCGGAUGCCAUGCUAUGGAGCACAGGUGUCAAACUCGAUUUUAUUGAGAGCUGCAUCAGGGUUGUGUUUGACUUCAGGUAUGUGUGGGGGCCAGGAUGGGUGUGGCGAGGGUGGGCAUGGUCAGCUUGGCAUCGCUUGUGUCAGGGGCACCACUCGUGGCCAAGUGCUAAGGCAGGACUUCCCCAGACCCUCCCUCCCUCUCAUAACCAACCAACCUUCCUUCCUUCCUUCCUUCCUUCCUUCCUUCCUUCCUUCCUUCCUUCCUUCCUUCCUUCCUUCCUUCCUUCUUCCUUCACCUCUUUCCUUUUCCUUCCUUGCUCACUUCCCAUCUUUCUUCCUUUUUUGUUGUCUUUCCUCUUCUCAUUUUCUGUUCCUUCUUGGAUGCUCAAAUGCAGAAGGGGAAACAUUUCUCCUUUUGCUUUGCUUUUGUUUUGCUAGUCUUCUGCCAGUGAAAACGGAGCUUAGGGAGGCUGCGCAUGGGCCCCCCAGGCCCUGUUUUUGCCCGUGAUGGCCUCCUGCAGCCCUCUGCCAGCAAAAACAGAGCUCAGGGAGGCUGUGCAUAGCCCGCCUGGGCUCUGUUUUCACUACAGAGGCCCUAAUGUGGCCAGAUCUAAGCACCUCAUGGGUCGGAUUCAGCCCAUGGGCCUUGAGUUUGACACCCCUGUUAUGGAGGAUGGGUGGGAGAAGCUCGGUCCCCUUACUCUGCUGUUUCCAGGGGAAAGUGACGGCAAAAGGCCUCCACCACUGCUGUGCAUCAGCCACAUCUGCUGCUGGAGCGGUUUUCUUGUCCCCACUGCCCCUGCCCCACCCCGCAGGUCAGUGUCUGGCAGCAGCUGCUGCCUCCUCCUUCACCUUCUGCUUUGGUCCUGUGGCACCACUUCACGCUGCCUGGUCCCCAUUUGCCAUUUCAAUGGAAGCAGCUCUGGAGGCCUGCAGCUCUGGAGGCCAGCACCUCUGCCACUGCAUUUCAGUACCAAUGUCAGCCUUGCCCUUCUGUGGGCCUGCAGCUGCUGAAGAGAGACGGCCCCGUUUUAGUGCCUGGAGCCCUUGCAACUUGCUUUCCAGCCCGUGCUCCUCAGGGCAGGCUGUCUGUGUGGCCCACUCUGCGCUCCACCCCAGAAGCAGGAUCGAAACUUUGGCUUCUCUCUGGAAAAGUGAAGUGACCCGGCGGGCAUGAAGGGUAUGACUUUUUGCCUGACUCUUUGUGCCUUUCUGUUUUCUUUUUCCUGGAUGGACCUUUUCCCACACCCUGCCUGCUUUGUCUUUCAUUUUGUCUUUUUCACACAGCAGGCGGUGAACAUGCGGGGCCUGCGGUAUGGUGCCAGCCCCAUCCUGCUCCACCCCCUGCCUCAGCAUCUCCCCAAAAUAAGCCUCAGUACUAAUUUUGGGGCCCAAAAGAAAAUAAGACCCAGUCUUAUUUUCGGGAAACACAUUAGAAAAUUUUGCCAAGGCUGGUUCCUUUUAUUUGUACAAACCUCCUGUCUUGUCCUGGUAUUGAUAAUAAGAUGCGAUCCUUAUGUAAAGUGCUUGAUAAGGAUAUUGUUGAGUUACACCCGAAGUUGUGGUUUAUAAAGCAGAGUACCGUUAGAGUUUUACGCACGGAAAUGUUUAGAGAGUAAUUGUGAAUAACAUACAGACAAACUGGGUUUUAUAGUAUUUUACUUUUAGGGAAAAUCAAAAUCAUAGUCCUUUAACAAUCCAAGUCUUAGCCAUAUAAAGUGCAAUAUAAGAUCAAUCCAGGGAUAUAAAAUCUUCUUACCAGUUUGUAGAAAAAUACAAGGAACAAUCAGGAACAAUAUAAAAACAGUUCAAUAAAUAUCAGAAAGCAGUAAAUAAAUAAUCAUGAUCAAUCAAUUGACCAUAUAGAGAUCAAAAAGAGUUACAGCGUAGCAGCAGGUAAAAAUGGUGUAGUGUCCACACUAACCAUAAUUUAACUCUCCUUAAAUACAUUGGCUACAGAGCUCAGCCAAUCAGGAUGCAGAAUGACUCAGCACAGUUCUUAAAGCUACUUAAUACAUUCACAUAAUACAAACAUACAAUGUUGGCUUAUAUAUUUCCUGGCCAACCAAUUAGGCAAUAACCAUUUCCUAACAGUGCUGAUUUUACAUAAGGUAAAAUCUGGGACAAAUCAGAAACUGAAAAUAGUGCUGCCAUCAUAAUAAACUAUGACUAAUUCCUGCUGUCAUAGGAAUAUUUUUGGAUUAAUAAAUAAAUGUCUCAUGAAUCUUGUUCAGACUGUGAGAAUAUCAUGACCUUUUAUAUACAUCAUAGUAAUGUUGUAGUUUAUAAGGACUCUGAAUUAUCAAAUCUGAGUUAUUGAUACUUUCCAGGUUCUGAAAUAAUCUUUUUAUACUUAAGUUUACCUACAUAGAGUAAAAUGACUAUUUAAUAAAACUUUAUGCAGAUAUUUGAAUUGCAAUUAUUUAAACAGAAUUAAAUAGGGGCACUUAGUUCAGCUUUUCACCUGAACAAUAUUGGCAAGAGGCCUGAAUGCCACUUUGCUCUGAGAUCACAUCAAGCAUCACUGAAUUUUCAGUAGUUAGAGAUGUGCAGGUAUUUAUUUUGAAACAUUUUGUUUCCAUGUUCCUGUACAAAUAGCCCUCUAUGUUCGCAAUUUCUAUUUUCUUCUACUUCAGGAUAGUUCUCCUGUCAUUAAUAUAAUGCUUAGUAUGAAUGAACUGCUAAAUCCAAGUGAGACAAUGUUUGUUAAUUUUGCUUCUUAGAGUUGCAUGUUUCCUUGAAUAAUUUUUAGAAAAGAUUCUGAUUUAUAUCUAAAAACAAAACAUGUUAAUUAGUGGAUCUUAUGACAUGACUGUAAUAUCUUUUGUCUGAAUCAAGUAUACUGAUCAAUCUAUGCCAUAACCUCAGGCUCAGUACAAUGCUGUGUCUUUGUCAUGAGUUGAAAGCUCCAAUUAAUGCAGAAUACAGUGAUCCAUUUCUUGACUAUAUGAGAUAAUAAUAAUACUAAUAAAAAUAAAUCAAUGGCAGACUGAAAAUUAUCUGUUAUGAAAAGGUCCAAGAUGUUAGCUUUGAUAUUUAAAAAUUUAGAUAGCUAGGAAUUAAUAUAAUUUAGAAACCAUAUUCUGUCUAUUUUUUAGUUUGGAUUUUAAGGUCAUGAAAAAUGCUUUUUGAUUGCACAAUCAUAAAAAGUAUUUAUGCUAAGUUCAAAAUAAUGUUGGCCACAACUAUGGAAAUUUUCAAGUAUCAAUUCUUUUCUAAAAACCACUGUGAAGAUUUUGGUAAGCAUGUGGUUUAUCAAAUAUAAUGAUCCACUAUAUGGGAUCCACUAUGUUAUUCUCCAAAAUCUCUGUAAAACUAUUUAGUUGGGGUAGCUUUUUAGAAGCUGGAAUCAAGAGAUUACUCUUAAGUGAAAGUGUCAGAGACAGAACUGAUCAUAAAUAAAAGGACAGCAAUCUUACUGCAGACAGUUACAUCUGUGUAAUUUAUGUGGUGGUUUAUUACUCACAGGAAAUAACUGCUCCUUCAGGUUCUCUAAUAUACUUGGUUUCUUUAGAAGCAUUUCCUUGCAAUAUGCAAUAUGCAAUAACCUGAUAUUUCUUAUGAUAUUUGCUUUUAUUACAAGUUUUUUCAUCAGGACUUUCUAGUUAAAGCUUGCUUUCAGAAACCAUGGUUGAGAAAAUAAAACUGAUCUUGCACAUUG